AUGCUAUCUCGUUUGUUCCAGCGGCGUUUGCUGUCUACUUUGAUGAGAACAUCCUCCAAUACAAAAAUUGACACCAAAUUGUGUGAGGCUUACAAGUCGUUGUUCGUGAUAGCUACUCCGAGCAAUGUUAACGCUUUGCUGCUAGAAGUGUUUGAGAUUAACAUCAGGUAUCCCGAGCUACAAGUAGUAUUUGCAACUGUUGAUUCUGUUCUCUCUAAGAGGAACUACUCUUCUCAGAUAUGGAGCGACAAGCUGCUUGAGGUUGGCAACGUCAAGCCGCUGGACACAUCGGACGAGUUAGAGCUCAUGGAUGAUGGUGUCUCGGCGGUCAGACUAAAAAAUAAUUGGGAAUUGACUACAUCUACUCUCAGUCUGAAAAUUGGGCAAAAUGUGGCUCAGAUCCCCGUCGCCAAUACUCUCUUCCAAACCAAGUUCAUGUCUACAAUGUUCUAUCUGAACCCUUGGGAGUCGGAUUCACAACCCGAUUCACACUCACACUCUCACUCACACUCUCACUCACACUCACAUUCACAUUCACACUCACAUUCACAUUCUCAUUCACCUCCUAAUCCCCAUAAAUGGGCCGGUCACAGGUUAAAUUCGCUCGAGGUGACACUCCCAAUAUCUGAGACCUCGCCAGAAAUCGGAUAUUCCGAUUGUUUGAGGCCGAUCACCGAGGAGCUCACAGUCACCAAGGCAGUGAAAAAUCUCAUUCAGAAUCUGGACGGCAAGCCUGCGGCUCAUUUUUUGGAAAAGAACGAGAACAUAAAAAGCACAGAAUCGAAGGUUUAUGUGUCCAUUGAGGGCUCCAUUCCGAACUAUUCUAAGCCGAAAUUCCAAGUUCUUGCCGGUGGAGGUUGGGGCGUUAAAGGCGGUAUGUUAGCCAUCUCCCCAGAGAUAGGGGACGUGAAAGUGGGCUCCACUAUUCGGUUCCACAUCUACGAUCCAGAGGCUAAUCCCCGCAUUGGUGAACUAGAAGGUGUCUUCUACGAGCGCACACUACCCCAGACCACAUACAACGAAACUGAGCCAGCAGGCCCCGAUCUUGAAGGUGUCUUUGGUUUGGGAAGCGAGCAUGGUUUCGUCCUAAAUGGCAUCAGCCACACCAGCCCCAGAGAGAUUUGUCGUGUGUGUGCCAAAUAA